GAGGGAUGAAAAUUGAUAUCUAGUCAUUGCAAAAAAAGUUCCAUCGGUUCUUUCUGUUCGACGGCGACGACCGCAGAGAACCACGCGAAGGAAAGCAAAGGCAACGUAAGGAGCACAAAACCCGUAGUCGGCAUGGAGAACGGAGGAAUUCCGGAGAACGCCAACGAACAUUGCCCUGGUCCUCAAUCGGAGUCUGCUGGACAGUCAGAUGCUUGCCAAGGUUGCCCUAAUCAGCAAAUAUGUGCUACAGCCCCUAAGGGCCCUGACCCAGAUUUGGUGGCCAUAGCAGAAAGGAUGGCUACGGUGAAACACAAGAUAUUGGUGUUGUCAGGCAAAGGUGGGGUUGGUAAGAGCACGUUUUCGGCUCAGCUCUCCUUUGCCCUAGCAGGCCUGGACUAUCAGGUGGGCCUCAUGGACAUAGACAUUUGCGGCCCAAGCAUCCCGAAAAUGCUAGGCCUUGAGGGGCAAGAAAUUCACCAGAGCAACCUCGGAUGGUCCCCGGUUUACGUGGAAGACAACCUCGGUGUCAUGUCCAUCGGGUUCAUGCUCCCACACCCUGAUGAAGCUGUUAUCUGGAGAGGGCCCCGGAAGAAUGGACUCAUCAAACAGUUCUUAAAAGAUGUGUAUUGGGGGGAGCUUGAUUUUCUUGUGGUUGAUGCUCCACCAGGGACCUCAGAUGAGCACAUCUCGAUUGUCCAGUUCCUCCAAACCACUGGGAUCGACGGUGCAAUUAUAGUGACGACACCACAGCAGGUAUCGUUGAUCGAUGUAAGGAAAGAGGUAAGCUUUUGCAAGAAAGUCGGGGUACCAGUACUUGGGGUCGUUGAGAACAUGAGCGGUUUAUCCCAGCCUUUGACAGACUUCAAGUUCAUGAAGCUGACAGAGACCGGGGAACAAGCAGAUGUGACAACGGACAUGAUCUCCUACAUAAAAGAGAAAGCCCCGGAGUUGCUUAACAUAAUCGCAUGUAGCGAAGUGUUUGACAGCAGUGGUGGCGGUGCAGAGAAGAUGUGUCGGGAGAUGGGGGUCCAGUUUCUGGGAAAAGUCCCGUUGGAACCACAGCUAUGCCGAGCUUCCGAAGAUGGCAAGUCAUGCUUUGAUGAUAACAAGUGUCUCGCUAGCGCUCCCGCUCUCAAGAACAUAAUAAAGAAACUAGUGGCGGAUUUGACGUCAAGAACUGCCAUUACUGACUGAGUAAAACUCUUUAAAGGUUCUGGAGUACCAAUGCAAUAGGUAACACCGAAACGUUUUCUUGUCUGGCCUUGUGUCAAAUGUGUAUUAGGUUGCUGUAAGGUUAUGUUACAUUCUCUGUGUUUUGUCCAAUCCGUUUCAGAAUACAGGCCAUGCGGCUCAAAUUAUAUCUGUGUUAAUGUGGUUUGAGUACUUUGUAAUAGUAUUGGUAUUUCGAGCAGUGGCAUUAGGGAUUUUUGUAUGGCAAGACUGUAAAAGAGGGCUUGAUAAGACUGGAUAUUCGGCCCAUUUAUACUAAGGUAUGCAUAUGAAUAUGAUCUUUGAUGA